ACACAACGUAUGUCAGGUAGUUAUGCUUUAAAGACAAUUUCUGGAUCUUAAGAUAUCGCAUUCUGAUGCUCAGGAGAGCCCUACCACCAAAAUCCGCCCCCCCUUCGACGUUUAUAAAUUCGCCGGCAGGCGCUAGUGAGCGCUAACACUGAACCGAGUCGCGCCCCACAGCCACAGCGCUACCCCCCAUUUCCCAAAUCCGCACCGUGCCCUUCAUGGUCUGGAACUGGCAAGCUGGAAGGCCGCUAAUACUUGGCUAUGAACCUCGAAUAUCCACUGUGGGCAGGGGCGGGUCGUCACUGGUGCGCUGCCAAUCUCGCUGACUUCAUCUCCGGCUUCAAUUUCACCCCCCGGAUCUUGGAGCCUCCCACGUUCCCAAGUCCCUUCCGCUCAUUUUCUGAUUCUGACCUCCAAACCGGCGUCGCGCAUUCUGUACCGAGUAACACACAUUCGCUCACUGCCGCCGCCCAAACCACCGCCGUCUUCUGCACGCGCCUGCUCGAGUACUUUGUUCAAUUGACACACACUUGACCCGCCCGCCGUCCGUCACCUGCCUGCCUGCCUGCGACUUCUGGUGUCCCAAACCUUCGUCCACUGCUUUUUUUACUUUUUCAAACUACUAUUUUAUCUCGCCCCGACAGUUCGGAUCGAUCCACAGUCCGACGUCCAUCGCAAAGAAACCGAAUCCAAUAGAGAUAGUACCACUCGCGCGCGCAACGAACAACGCACCUUGCUUUUGCUACUGCCACUGUCUUUGCCAUAGCCCACGCGCUGCCGUCCCAACUCACCACCUGGUCCAUCCGCACACCGAAACAAGUAUCCCAUUUCCUGUCUCGCCCACACUCGCACAAUGCCUUGCGGUCUCGGGGGUUCCAAGACGGUGCAGCGCAAGCUCGUCUUGCUCGGCGACGGUGCUUGCGGAAAGACAUCGUUGCUCAAUGUCUUCACCAGAGGCUACUUCCCAACGGUCUACGAGCCGACGGUUUUCGAAAACUACGUCCAUGAUAUUUUUGUUGACAAUGUUCACAUUGAGCUUUCACUGUGGGACACAGCCGGCCAAGAAGAAUUCGACAGACUACGAAGUCUUUCCUACGAUGACACCGAUUUGAUCAUGCUUUGCUACUCGGUCGAUAGCAAAGAUUCGCUUGAAAACGUCGAGAGCAAAUGGGUGGGCGAGAUCGCCGAUAAUUGCCCAGGGGUGAAGCUUGUGCUGGUCGCGCUAAAGUGCGAUCUCCGCGAAGGGAACGAGGAAGAGGAUGGUGCCAACGAGGACGGCAACCCACGAGAAAAGAAGCCUAUGAUCAACUACGACCAAGGACUCGAGGUUGCGCGCCGAAUCCACGCCCUUCGGUAUCUCGAGUGUUCGGCCAUGCGCAAUAGGGGAGUUAACGAGGCCUUCACCGAAGCCGCGCGGGUUGCCUUGUCUGUGAAGAAGGAACGAGACGAGUCCAAGUGCACCGUCAUGUAGCGCACUCUCUCGGCCAGUCAACCACCCACGAGGAUAUGCCGGGCACACGAAUGCCCAUGCUUCAUAUCACGACCAUAUCAUCACAGCAACACCGGGCGUUGGUCCUUUUAUGGUGUUCUCAACAGACCAAUUUUGUUUUUCGGUAUCAUUCUUCCGCAGAUGUUUUUUGGGUUAAAGAAUCCAGACGACUCCGGCGCUUCACGAGGCGGUUUCAUUUGUAAUGUACAUAUAUAUAUUUUUUUCCAUCGGGUCCGCAAAACGACGAGAGGGGUAUGUGAUCACGUACCGCUCAACACCAGUCUGAGGUUCUCAAACAUCCAGAUAAGACGCAGAAGAAUCUGGGGGCGAGUCAUUUGGAGGUGGAAAAGGCACAUGUCGGGGUGGUUUUGGGAGAUCAAGAGAUUGCCGUUUUGCGAGGGGCUUGAGGUUUCGCUUCUGUAAAAUGUUUUUAAUCUGUCAAAUUGUUCUGAGGCGUGUUUUUUUGUUGCUCAUUGUGUCCUGCGACUCGAGAAGAGGCUGCUGCCAUAAAGGAGUAGAUCGUUAUCGAGUUUGCAGCUAUACACAUGACCA